AUGGGUGUUUCUUCUCUUCCAUCACCAGCAUUUCUGGGAGUUUUUCUCUUCUCAUUUGUUACUUUGGCUCUCCAUCCUGAGCCUGCCUUUGCCAUUACUAGGCACUACAAACUUGAUUACAUGAUGCAGAAUGGGACACGCCUUUGCCUCACCAAGAGCAUGGUAACAGUCAAUGGGAAGUUCCCAGAACCUCGGAUUAUAGCUAGGGAGGGAGACGGACUUCUUAUUGAAGUGUCUAACCAUGAGAGUGGUUCAAUGCAGAUCCAGAGGCAAUCAUUAACCAGGUAUUGCAAACAGGUGGAGGCCCAAUUGUAUCUGAUGCUUACACCAUCAAUGGACUACCAGGGCCAUUAUAUAACUGCUCUGUCAAAGGUGCAAUAUGAUAGCAAAUUAGGCCUUCUACUACAACACAGAGCAUCUCUCUCUCUCUCAUUUACGUUGUGUAAAUGGUACUUGGCAGAUACUUUCAAGCUUAAGGUAAAUCCUGGAAAGACUUACCUUCUUCGCCUGAUCAACGCUGCACUCAAUGACGAGCUUUUCUUCAGCAUAUAA